GUGUAGUGCUGCUUCCUGGGAAACCAUCCGCGAAAGGACAUCGCUGGAGUUACGGGAGCUGCCGAACAACUCACGGAACCACGCUCAUCGAUAACAUUAACAGACUCCGGGAAUGAGGUUACUGAUACUAAUAAUACUCAUCAAAACAAUAAGCACCACCAACUAUAAAGAAAUAACGAACAGCAAUGGAUUGGUUGCGUUCAAGAUCAAAACAGCAAGGAUUAGAAUCGGAUAUGACAGAAUGUUGCAUAGAAUCAACCUAAAUACAUUAAAUGACAAUAUAGAAAACAUAGAAAAAAUCAUGAAAUCGUUUGAAACUAUAGAACACCUAGAGCAAACACUACUAGAAAAAACCAAACUAGCAAAAGAUAAACUCAGGAGCCUCCUACCACAUAGAAUAAAAAGGGGACUUAUGAACGCAUUAGGAACAGCCAUUAAACUCAUCACGGGAAACCCUGAUAACGAUGACCUAAUAGUCAUGCAUCAAAGUUUGGGAAUAUUAAAAACACAAGGAGACAAAUUAGUGAACAAUCAGAUGAAACAAAUCCAGAUCAAUGAACUUUUUCAAAAUAAAUUGAAUAAUAUUACAGACUCUAUUAGUAAAAUUGAAUCAAAAAUUACUAAGGAAUACAACACAGUACAGGGAAUAAAAACAGAUUUAGAAUUCGUCAACCUUAUCUGGAAUAUGGACAAAAUUAUCAGCAUAAUAGAGGACAUCGAGGAGCAAGUAGAAUUUUCUAGAGUAGGCUUGAUAAACAAAAACAUACUCUCAUUGGAGGAAAAACAGUUAAUUUUAGACAGGCUUAAGACACAAACAAUAAAGCUAAAUUACUUAGACGAAAUUUUCCAAUAUACCUCAGCGAGUGUCGGUAUCAGCAACAAUCAAGCAGUCAUAUUAAUAAAGACCCCCAUUUUGGAUAAAAAGACGUACGAUUUGUUAGAAAUCCAUACUUUGAGAGUUAACAAUUCACGGAUCGAUACGAACAUCAACCUGGUAACGAAAUAUGGCAACACAGUUUAUUACCAACCAACAGAAUGCGAUAUUUGCGAUGGAAAUAACCUAAUUGAGGACGAUUGCAUCUAUAAAAUAUUAACUCACCAAACACCCAAAUGCCCGUUUGUAAAAUCAAAACAAACAACACAAAUCAAAGAAGUCAAGCAAGGAAUCAUCCUGAUCGACACAACAGAAAUCGUAGAAGUAAAAGACUCUUGCGGAGAUUCAAGGAUGGUUAGCGAUGCCACAAUAAUCGAAACCGAAAACUGUACCGUCAAAAUACGAAAUUUCACAUUUUUUGGACAACCUGACGUAACCUACCAGCAAGAAUACCUGAUCCCAAUAUACAGCAAGCCCCUCCAAAAUGGAAAUUUUACAGAUCUUGACGAUGAAAACGUCAUGCUACGAAUACAGAACUUGGAAGAACUCAAUGAAGUUCAACUUUACUUGAACACCACACAACACCGGGUAACAAUUGGAGGUACAACCCUCCUCAUAAUAACAUUUAUCUGUUUCUUUUCUGUAUAUUUCUACAAAAAAGGUAAUAAAAGAAAUGAAGUAACCAAAAAUCCGCCAGAACCUCUCGUGGCUACUCAGGUGGACGAAACUGAAAACAACGGAAGUAUUCCAUUAUCCCUACUUCCGGGGAAGAAGGCAGAGCAAAAAUGCAUCCCGAAACCAUGGAUCGAGCUGCCGAAACUUCAAUCGAGGACGCUUGAAACUUAG